AUGAUUCUGGGGUUCCUGUACGGCAUCUAUCCAGUAUACGAAGUGCUCUUUGGCCGUGCAAAGAACACUUCCUACGAGCUUCCUGUGAUUCUGCUACUUCCAGCUCUGAAGCUCCUGAUGAAGUUCGCAUUUGCGAUUUGUGCAGCCAACAAAGAAGACAUCGUGCCAUCUCAAGUGAUAUUUACUGUCGAGUUUUACAACACGUUUUAUUACAUGGCUACCUUUUUGCACAGCCUGUCGACAACAUCACUGGUAACGAUAAUGGGGAUUGAUCUGCUACAAACGGCAAUCGAGUUGCGAGAUGUCCAUGCCAAAAUGCAACGCGUGCUACGUUGUCUUACAUGGACCAAACUGCUGGACCCCGCGCCAAUCUCCUCGCGCAAAUUCGAAACCUUUGCAUUUCCCUAUCAGCGCUAG